AUGUAUUUAUCACGUACAUCCGUUGCUACAUACCCAUCUCUUACCUCUACAGACCCCAUCCUGCAUGCUUUGCUCAAGGGCACUCCGGCGCACGUGGUGGUGCAGCUCAACCGUUCGCCCGAGGAUGUGAUCUCUGCGUCGUUCUCUCUCAUACGCGACAUGCGCAAUCAAACGGCCAACCGCCGCGAAAGGGGGGUCUAUUUGGGGGCCAAAGACACCCGGAUUGUUGAACCCCAGGGACAACAGACUGGUGCACACGUGGGCACGGGGACGGUUCAGUAUCCAGGCAACAGAGAGUUGCGAACGGACGCAGAGGGUGUCAAUAGUACUGUCAAGGAUCCACAGUCGGCGUUGUUUGGCUGUCGAUUGACUAAUUGUACUGAGAUGUACGACCCCACCA